CUCGCGAAUAUUGUUGUUGUUAUAAAUGAUUAAUUAUGAAUUGAGUAUCAAUCUGUGAAAAAGUUCAUGUUGAGAAUUAAAAUACCGCCGGGCUUGCCCGGUGACAAUCUUAUUCAAAUAAACAUACAGUGAUUAUUUAUACGAUUUAUAAAACUGACUGAAACAUAAGUGUUGAAUUAAAACUAAUUUGAUAUGUGUAUUCAGUUAUAAAUGUCAAACGAUCAAUUCACAAUCUAUUAUGUAGGUCAAAUCAAUUUAAUAACAGAAAAACUCAAAUAAUAUUUUUCUAUUAUAAAAAAUGUCCAACAACGGUGUUCAUACAGGACUGUUAGUUCCUCCAUCACCACGGCCACCAAAUUCAUCAUUCCCUGGGGAUAUACCUCGAAUAUAUGAUCACAUUUCGCCAUCGUUAAUUAUUUGUGAUCAUAUUAAUUACAAUUAUGACAUUCCAAUUGCCACAUUAUGCACUGUAUAUAUUAUAUUUGGCAUUGUAUAUAGUUUUUGCGGAUAUCGUUGCUUCAAACUUAUAAUGUUUUUAACUGGGUUUAUUUUUGGGUCAAUUAUCGUAUAUCUAAUAUGUUUACAAGAACAAUUACUACCAAGUUAUGGAAAUGCAGGUGUUGCAUUAUUAGCGGGUUUCCUAUUUGGUUUAAUUACGAUGUUAAUACAAUAUGUUGGAUUAUUCAUGACUGGUUUACAUACAGGCCUGUUAACAGGUCUUGGAGGUCUUAUUAUUGCAGAUCAUGUAUUAUUAAACCCACCAAAUUCAGUAUGGAUUUGUAUUGGAGUUUUACUUGGAUCUGGUUUAUUAUUUGCAACAUUAAAUUUACAUUGGAUGAAAGGUUUAACAAUAUUUGGAACUGCAGUCUAUGGUGGUGCCAUUAUAGCAACAUCCACUGAUUAUUUUGUUGAACGAUGGUCAAUGAUUUCAUGGAUUUGGGAUCGUGCUACUUUACGAGAUCCUGUACCGCCACCGUGCUGGUUUUCAUGGAUUGUUUUAGGAUUAUGGCCAGGUAUCAUCAUUGUCGGUUUAAUUACGCAAUGUGCAAUUACUGGUCGUGGAAUUUAUCAUACUGAAUCUCUGAGAUCUCGGAAAAAAUCUCGAGGCACAGUGCAAAGAGCACGAACCCGUGAAGAACGUGCUGAGCUACGCCAGAAAAAAUAUAGAUAUUUGUACCAGGUUCGAACUGCUCACGGUGAUGUUAUAAGUCAGAGCUACGUUAAAUCACUACAAAAGAAAAAUGAACUAGGUGGACCUGGUGAAUGUAGUACCUUACAAUCAGACGCAACACACGUAACAAUCUUGCCAGAUUCACAACUGGCUGCACUCACCGAAAGUGAGGAUGACAGUCAAAUCGAUAUUCGAACACAUCGAUGAAAUUCAUUUAUUGACAAUAGUUUGUAGGUAAAUCCUAACAAAAAAGAAAAAAGUCGUAAAAGACUUGUUUUCUCUCUUUCUCUCUGUAACUGUUUUGAUUAACCACAUAGACUUUGACGUAAUAUUAAAAAAAUGUUUAAAAAAAGUACAUUCAU